AUGUCGGCCUCAAUCCGCUCCCUCAGACUCGCGCAGCGAGCUCCGCGAAUGCUCUCGCGCGCAACCCGCACCUCCAUGCCGUCCCACCAACAAACCCGCCACCUCAACACCGAAACCGCGCCCGUUCUCUACUCAGCCCAUGCCAAAGUCGUCGGCGCCCGAACGGGCCACGUCGAGGGCGACGACCUGCGCGUGGAUCUGACCAUGGCGAAAGCCCUCGGCGGACCGGGGGAUAAGGGAAAGACGAACCCGGAGGAGCUGUUUGCCGCGGGGUAUGGCGCGUGUUUCCAGAGCGCGAUGAACGCGUCGGCGGCGAGUUUAGGGGUGACGAUGCCGCGGAAGCCCGAGGAUAGCGUUGUGGAGGCGACUGUGCAUUUGGUGGGGGAUAUGAAGAAGCUUGAUAUGGGACUGAGGGUUGAUCUGAAGGUUAGGGUGAAGGGGUUGAGUGAGGAGGAUGUGAAGAGGGUUGUGGGGAGGGCGGAGGAGGUUUGUCCUUAUUCGAGGGCGACGAGGGGGAAUGUUGCUACGAGGGUUGAGGUUGUUGGGUUUGAGGAGGGGGAGGGAGGUGGUGAGAAGGGGGGGAAGAAGAGUGGUGGGGAGAAGAGUGAGGCGAAGAGCGGCGAGAAGAAGGGCGGUUCGGAUAAGAUGUCUGGUGUCGAGCCUAAGGGGCAUAGCGAUUACCAGUGA